UACUAUUGUUCUAGUAUCUUGAGCUAGAUUUAUAUAGCACGAAACAGCAUAUCAUUGUUUUAUGGCCCCUAAAAUGCGUUGCUUUUUACCUCAGAAUUUGUGUGGGGGGUGGGAGAGAGAUGAGGAUGGGAGACAAGGCUCUCCCUCUGCUUAAGUGCAGGACAUUUCAUGUGUGUUUCUUGACUGCCUGCAGGACGGCCAGCUGAUUGAGUGUCGCUGCUGCUAUGGGGAAUUUCCAUUCGAGGAGCUGACGCAGUGCACAGAUGCUCACUUGUUCUGCAAAGAGUGUCUCAUCAGAUACGCCCAAGAGGCAGUCUUUGGAUCUGGAAAGGUGCCCCUCCUGUAGCUUUCCUGCUCUGUUGGACAGUGAUGUGAGGAGGUUCAGCUGUCCUAAUCCUCGCUGCCGAAAGGUCUACCAGCCACAGUCUCUGCACAUUUCCAAGAGCAGCAGAAAAAGAACACAUUGCAGCAUCUUAGGUUUCAUUUCACAAUGCGCGCCUGGAGUUGGAAGGAGUUCAACAGACGGACAGUUUUUGUUUAUCAGCCAGCGGCCUUGUGACCCAGCAAAGGUCUCCAGACUUGUGAACGAGGUCUACCACAUGUAUAAUCGACAUCAGUAUCCAUUUGUUGUUCUUAACAUUUCUGUUGAUUCAGGUAACUUAGUAAAAAUGCAUGCAGCGGAUUUGGAGAAGCCCCUGGUAGAAAAGCAGGAUCAUUCCCCUUCAUUAAGGACUCGAGAAGAAAAAAGGGAUGUGUCCAUUUCCAGACUGCGAGAGGCCUUUUCUCUUCGUCACACAACAGAGAACAAGCCUCACAGCCCGAAGACUCCAGAAGCAAGAAGGAGCCCUCUCGGACAGAAAAGGGGUGUGCCAUCUUCUAGCACUUCAGAUGCGGUCUCGGACAGAGGCUUCCUGAGACCUCAGAAAGAGGCAGCGAGUUCCAGUCAGGGACCCAGGGACCCUACGGACGGAGCAGAGGUGAAGGAUUUGGGGCACGGCAGCACUUCCGUGGAUUCUGAGGGGUUCAGCAUCCCAGACACGGGCGGUCACUGCAGCAGCGAGUGUGCGGCCAGCUCCCCAGAGGACAGGGGCUCGCAGGAACAUGUGGACUCACAUGAGAAAGCGCCUGAAACUGAUGACUCUUUUUCAGAUGUGGACUGCCAUCCAAACCAGCUCCAGUCACUGAAAGGGCUAAAUUGAUUUCCUUGCCAACUAGUAAAAACUGGACCUUCGGACCCCAGGACAUCGAUGAACUGAUCUUUAUGCUAAGCGACAGCCCUGGAGUCAUGUGCCGGCCGUCCAGAGUCAAGCAGAUGUUUGCCUCCAGAGUCUGUCGGAAGUCGGUGAUGAUUGGAACUGCUCUUAAUACAAGCGAGAUGAAGAAACUGAUCACCCACAUGGGGGAGAUGGACCACCCCUGGAACUGUCCCCAUGGAAGGCCAACCAUGAAACACAUUGCCAACCUGGGUGUCAUUUCGCAGAACUGACAGUAGUCGCUGUAUGGAAUCAUCGGUUUUAUUGCAGAUUUUUAUGUUUUGAAAGACAGGGUUUUCACUCACCUUUUUUGUUUUCAAAUGAACCUGCUACUUAAAAAAAAAUACACAUCAGACCCAUUUAAAAGUGAUCUUGAGAACCUUUUCAAACCAGAUGGAGCGCUACUUGCAAAAUUGUUUUUUUCUCUGUUUGCAUGCACUCGUGUGUGUGUGUGUGUGUGUGUGUCCAGUCAGGAACAUAUUUUAUAAAAAUAAGAACACUUGGGCCGGGCGUGGUGGCUCAUGCCUGUGAUCCACCUGCCCCGGCCUCCCAACGUGCUGAGAUUACAGGUAUGAGCCAUAUUUCCUGGCCGAGUUAAGGAUCUUGCAGUAGAGAGAUUAUCCUGGAUUGUCUGGUUGGGCCCAGUCCAUUGGGUGAGUCCUUUGAAGGUGGAGACCUUUCCCUGCUGGCCAGAGAGAGGUGGCCUUGCUGGUACUGGAGAUGGAAGGAGGUACCACUCGUCAAGGAUUGCAAGCAGCCUCUAGAACAGGGAUUCCAGCACUCUGGCCACAGACCAGUAGUGGUCCAUGGCCCGUUAGGAACCAGGGUGCACAGCAGGUUAGGGGCGGGGAAGCCAGCGAAACUUCAUCUGUAGUUAGAUCCCCUCCCCAUGGCUGGUAUUACCACCUGAGCGCCACCUCCUGUCAUAUCAGCGGUGGGCAUUAGAUUCUCAUAGGAGCACAAACCCUGUUGUGAACUGCACACGCGAGGGAUGUAGGUCGCACACUCCUUAAGAGAAUCUGGUGCCUGAUGAUCUGUCACUGUCUCCUGUCACCCCCAGAUGGGACCGUCUAGUUGUAGGAAAACAAACUCAGGCUUCCACUGAGUCUAUGAUGGUGAGUUGUAGAAUUAUUUAAUUAUAUGUUACAAUGUAAAAAUAAUAGAAAUAAAGUGCACAGUAAAUGCAACACGCUUGAAUCAUCCUGAAACCAUCCCCUACCCCCAUCCGUGGAAAAAUUGUCUUCUGCGAAACCGGUCUCUGGUGCCAAAAGGUUGGGGACCGCUUCUGGAAAAGCUGGAAAAGGCAAGGAAACGGACGCUUCCCCGGAGCCUCUGGAAGGAACCAGCACUGUGGGCCUGCUUUACAGACUGUUGGAUAAUAAAUUUGUGUUGCUUCA